UGCACAAGUUCCCCAAACCGAGGCAUAGGGAAGGUGUUCACUUUCGCCUCAUGACCACCUCCGCGAAGAGCUGACCCCGAACAAUUGGGGCGUGCUCAAGACGAACAUCAAAUCAGCCUUGCGUCAUCGCCGAUCAUGAGCACGACUGCCACUUCGGCAAUGCAGCCCCUGCGGGUCUUGCUGCUGGGAUCCGGGGGCCGCGAACAUGCUAUUGCGCAUCAUCUCCUCCGCUCUCCGAUCGUCGAGCAUGUCUUUGUUGCUCCUGGAAAUGGAGGGACUGGCCUGGACGGUAGAUGCAGCAAUUUGGAUGUCUAUGCCGGUCCCAAAGAUGGCUUCGCUGCUAUCACUACCUGGGCUAAGCUGAACAAUAUCAAUCUGUGCAUUCCAGGUCCAGAGCAGCCCUUGGUAGAUGGUGUGGAGGGUGCUUUCCGAGCGAUUGGCGUGCCCGUCUUUGGGCCCUCUCCAGUGGCCGCGCAAAUGGAGGGUUCAAAGACAUUUGCAAAGGCUUUCAUGGCCAAGCACAAUAUUCCCACAGCAGCCUUCGCAGUGUUCAACGAAGCCUCGAUCGUCGAUGCUCGCAACUUUGUCGCCUCGUGCGGUGGUCCGACCAAGGUGGUGCUGAAAGCUAGCGGUCUGGCUGCAGGCAAAGGCGUGCUCCUUCCCGAAAAUGAAGCCGAAUUUGAACAAGGACUUCAGGAUAUACUCGUGAACAAGGUCUUUGGCGCUGCAGGCGCGGAGCUCGUCAUCGAGGCAAGGCUGUCCGGCCCCGAACUCUCUAUCCUCACAUUCGCAGAUGGAUACAGCACGUACAGCUUGCCCUGCUGUCAAGAUCACAAACGUAUCGGCGAAGGCGAUAUUGGGCCCAACACCGGCGGAAUGGGUGCCUACACUCCUGCCCCGGAGGGUCUUGUUCCUGGGAUGACAGAGAGAAUAGAACAGGAGGUUAUUGCGCCGACUAUCGCAGGAAUGCGAAAGGAUGGCUUUCCUUUCGUUGGGCUGCUCUUCACAGGCAUCAUGCUGGACGAAAAGGGCCCUCAAGUGCUCGAGUACAACGUGCGCUUUGGCGAUCCUGAAACAGAGGCUGCUCUGGAAUUGAUCGACACCAGCGCAGGCGGCGCUGGGCUCGCGGAGCUGGUUUUGGCAUGCGCAGAGAGGCGCCUGGACUCCGUCGUGCCCAGAACAAAGCAAGCCGCAGCUGUCAGUGUCGUGUUGGCAUCGGGCGGCUAUCCGGGGAAGUACCCUGUCGGCGUGCCCAUCACGAUAGGUACAUUGCCGGCAGGCGUCACCGUCUAUCACGCUGGUACGAAGAUUGAUCAAAAUGGCCAGCUGGUCACAGCCGGUGGUCGCGUUCUGGUCGUUAGCGCCUCGGGGCCUGACCUCGAGGCCGCAGUUGCAUUGGCGUACAAGGGCACUGAAAGCAUCAAGUUCGAAGGCAUGGUUCUGCGGAGAGACAUUGCUCACAGAGCUCUGAAUAGUGCUGUCGCGAAAGCUGGGGGACUUACCUAUGCAGGCGCCGGGGUUGAUGUGGAUGCCGGGAAUGCUCUCGUAGAAGCCAUCAAGCCAGCUGCAAAGAGCACCAAAAGAGUCGGAUGCGACGCUAGUCUGGGCGGCUUUGGCGGUGUCUUUGACUUGAAGGCAUGCGGCUUCCGGGAUCCUGUGCUUGUGUCAGGAACUGAUGGCGUUGGAACCAAGCUCCGCGUAGCGCUUGACGCGGGCAAGCACGAUACGGUCGGCAUCGACCUCGUUGCGAUGUCGGUGAACGAUCUCUUGGUGCAAGGAGCCGCUCCUCUGUACUUUCUGGACUACUUUGCCUGCUCCAAGCUCGCAGUGCCGAUCGCUGCAGCAGUUAUCACGGGUGUCGCAACUGGCUGCAGACAGGCACGCUGCGGACUGAUCGGAGGCGAAACGGCUGAGAUGCCUGGCAUGUAUGCUGCAGACGACUACGACUUAGCUGGGUUCGCUGUAGGCGCUGUAGAGCGACAGCAGCUGCUUCCCCGGGUGAGCGAAGUCAAGAUAGGAGACGUCUUGCUCGGCCUGCCAUCGUCCGGCCUACACUCCAACGGCUUCUCUUUAGUCAGGAAAAUUCUCGCGCGGGCUGGUGGUCUCACUGCUCUACAUGCACCUGCUCCUUUCGCCUCCGCAUCCAGGCACAAGACUUUGGCGGACGCGCUGUUGGAGCCUACCAGAAUCUACGUCGAGUCCUUGUCACCUUUGCUUGGCCUUUCUGACGGCAAGACAGGUUCUGCUCAACCUCAGGCGCAUGCGGCCUGGAAGGGGCUACGAGCGCUUUCUCACAUCACAGGUGGAGGCUUUACGGACAACAUUCCUCGGAUCUUGCCUGAGCAUCUCGGCGCCACUAUCGAUGUCAGCACGUGGUCGCAGCCCCCUCUUUUCGCCUGGUUGCAGAAGAUUGGAGAGGUGCGAGCAGCAGAAAUGUGUCGCACCUUUAACAAUGGUGUCGGAAUGGUGCUCGUGGUCGAAGCGAGCGCAGUGAAAGAGACCAUUGAGGCAUUGAAGCUGGGCGGGGAAGAACACGUCAUCCAGAUGGGGUCCAUUGAGGAAGGAGCUGGCAUUAGAUAUCGCGGGUUCGAGAGUUGGGCGCUUUCUUAGAUAUCAAUCGUCGCAAUCGAUUGAUAAGCUCUCAUCGUACUGAGCAUUGUGAAGGAUCGAUGUACAGGUGCUUCGCAAUGAGCAUUGUAAGGACUUGAUCAAUGGGAGCCGUCACAAAAGCAGGUUGUGGCUAGUGCAGCCUCUUUCAAGCCCAAUCUCAUUCCUAUUACCACUAACGCCAGGCCGAACAUGGAUGGAUUCAUUGAUACCAGGGCACUGGGGAGCCGACCCUCUGCAGACCGCGAGCGGGCACUUUUUGAUUCGCAUUGCCGGUCACGUGUUUGACUUAAAGCACGGAAUGAUGGGCGCUUCCAGCUGCAUGCUGGGCGAAUGACACACCCAACACUGCCUGCUAGC